GAAAGUCUCCCUCCCAUCGCCGUCAUGUCUAAGUCAGAGUCUCCCAAAGAGCCUGAACAGCUGCGGAAGCUUUUCAUCCGAGGUUUGAGCUUUGAAACAACCAAUGAGAGUCUGAGGAGCCGUUUAGAGCAACAGGGAAUGCUUACGGACUGUGUGGUAAUGAGAGAUCCAAACACCAAGCGCUCCAGAGGCUUUGGGUUUGUCACCUAUGCCACUGUGGAAGAGGUGGAUGCAGCCAUGAAUGCAAGGCCACACAAGGUGGAUGGAAGAGUUGUAGAACCAAAGAGGGCUGUCUCAAGAGAAGAUUCUCAAAGACCUGGUGCCCACUUAACUGUGAAAAAGAUUUUUGUCAGUGGCAUUAAAGAAGACACUAAAGAACAUCAUCUAAGAGAUUGUUUUGAACAGUAUGGGAAAAUGGAAGUGAUUGAAACCAUGACAGACCGAGGCAAUGGCAAAAAGAGAGGCUUUGCCUUUGUAACAUUUGAUGACCAUGACUCUGUAGACAAGAUUGUCAUUCAAAAAUACCAUACUGUGAAUGGCCACAACUGUGAAGUAAGGGAAGCUUUAUCUAAGCAAGAGAUGGCUAGUGCCUCUUCCAGCCAAAGAGGUCAAAGUGGUCCUUGGAACUUCGGUGAUGGUCCUGGAGGUGGUUUUGGUGGGAAUGACAACUUUGGCCAUGAAGGAAACUUCAGUGGACGAGGUGGCCUUGGUGGCAGUCAAGGUGGUGAUGGGUAUGGUGGCAGUGGGGAUGGUUAUAAAGGAUUUGGUAAUGAUGGAGGCAAUUUUGGAGGUGGUGGAAGCUAUAAUGAUUUUGGCAAUUACAACAAUCAGUCUUCAAAUUUUGGACCCAUGAAAGGAGGAAAUUUUGGAGGCAGAAGCUCUGGCCCCUAUGGUGGUGGAGGUCAAUAUUUUGCCAAACCACGAAACCAAGGUGGCUAUGGCAGUUCCAGCAGCAGCAGUAGCUUUGGCAGUGGCAGAAGAUUUUAAUUACUGCCAGGAAAC